CUUGCUCCAUGCCUUUCUCUUUCAGAUGAAGGAUGACAAACUGAAACUUUCCCUCUCCAUGAAGGUCGUUAACCAAGGAACAGGAAAAGACCUGGAUCCAAACAAUGUUUCCCUUGAUCAGGAGGAGAGGAAGAAACGUACUUUCAGAGACUACACUAGUCAGAAGAUCACUCUGGAAGCUGUCUUGAAUACUGUGUGCAAGAAAUGUGGUUGCAAAGGUCAUUUUGCCAAGGAGUGUUUCAUGCAGCCUGGAGGUACCAAAUAUAGCCUGAUUCCAGAAGAGGAGGAGGAAGGGGCAGCAACAGCAGAAUAUGAAAAAGAUAAAAAGACCAGCCUGACUGAUGACUCUUCCAAAAAAAGGAAAAAGGAGAAAAAGAAGAAAAAGAAACACAAGAGCAAACAGUCUUCCGAGUCCGACUCCGACAGCUCCGACUCGGACAGCGAUGGGGCUCAGCCAGCCAGCAAGAAGGCCAAGCAUUCGGGGAAAGCCAGCAAGGCUCAAAAGAAGAAGAAGAAAAAGAAGCAUAAGAAGAAGCACAAGGAGUGAGUGAGCAGACGCACAGGGGAACUGACAUAGCAAAUCCCUGGAAAAUACUGCUGGGAGAGCAGGACUGAAUCACUUCCUUGCCUCAAGGGCAAGGUGUUUCCUUCUAAAACUAAUGCUCAGCCUGUGGUGU